AGGAAGACAAAAUCGUCCUUUUGGUCCCAAAGAGGACCCCAUUACCACCCCACCCCCCCCAACAAAAGUGGGUCAGUUCCGAUUCCGGGGACGUUACUCUCAAAGCAUUCGUCGUCUUCGUCUACACUCUCACCAAACCGAUUCCUCUGUGAAAGUGAGAGUGUAGUGUGAAAAAACCCUAGAAAUGGCACACACAUUGUGUAGUAGGGAGUGUAAAAGCCCGAGAAAUCACUAAUUUUGGGCUUUUUUUUUGGAAGUCCUAUAGGGAAGAUUUCAACGGAGAAGGGUUUAGGGUUUUGUCUUCGAGCUAAAUCACACUCACAGAAAGCUAAAAGAUUUUGAAGCUGAUGGGGGUGUCAUCAGAUGCCAAGGAAGAUAUGGAUUUAGAUGAUGACGAAUUUCUUGACUCAAGUAGCAUCCAUGAUUUGGAUGAAGAGUUUCUUAGUAGUUUUUGUAAGAAGGCAGCAAUGUCAUUCUUUAACGAGUAUGGUCUGAUCAGUCAUCAGAUCAACUCGUAUAACGAUUUCAUAAAAAAUAACCUCCAGAAGAUCAUUGAUUCUUUUGGUGAGAUGGUAGUUGAGCCUGGCUAUGAUCCAUCAAAGAAAGGAGAGAGUGAGUGGCGAUAUGCUUCGGUUAGGUUUGGGAAGGUCGAUCUUGAAAAGCCAAACUUCUGGGGUAGUGAGAGUGGUGAUGGAAAUGGGAAGGAGUACGAUAUGCUUCCUAGGCAUGCCCGGCUUCAGAACAUGACAUACUCAUCAAAGAUGAAAGUGAAUAUUCGUGUUCAGGUUUAUACUCAAAAACUUGUAAGAAGUGACAAGUUUAAAACUGGAAAAGAUCAAUAUAUUGACAGGAGUAUUGUAAGUGAAGAUAAUAGGGAUAUCAUAAUCGGGAGGAUCCCUGUUAUGGUGAAGUCUGACCUGUGCUGGAUGAAAGAAGCUGAGAAAGGUGAUUGUGAUUUCGAUCAUGGAGGUUAUUUUUUAAUUAAGGGUGCAGAGAAGGUGAGUUUGAAUAAUAGCUUCUUUUUGUUUCUUCCUAUAUAGCCUUUGUAUCUGUGG